CCCAGGCUGCUGUUCGUGUUGCCACCUGUAGAGUGACUUCGGAGUCAAAACAAAAAUCUUCUGGAAAGUCCUGAUAUGUAAAAGCAAGCUAACCAGCGAAAGCACGUAGCUGCAGAUAACGUUAGCAAAGUUGUCUCUAAAUGGGGAUUUAAAUAACUUUAACAGCUCACAAAGUAAAUCCGUAGGAUACAUUUCAUAAUGGAGAGCUCUCCAAAGUUCCGCUCUGUCUACAACUUCUUUUGGUGCUUUUUCGUGGUUUAGCUGAAGAGCUGACGUUGUCUAGUAACAUCAGUUAGCUUAGCAUUGGACUCCACAACUAAAACAGUCCAGCCUCCUCUGAGCUUGUUGGACGGCAGGCGUUUGUAACUUAACUCGCUGGUUUCGUUGACUGCAACACCCUCAACAUGUCUAUCCUCGGAUUAAAGAAGAAACAGCCGAAGACUUUUAAAGUCAAAGUUAUCACCAUGGAUGCUGAAAUGGAGUUCAGCUGUGAGGUGAAGUGGAAAGGUAAAGACCUUUUUGACCUGGUGUGUCGCACGGUUGGUUUGAGGGAGACCUGGUUCUUUGGACUCAGGUACACGGUAAAGGACACCUACGCCUGGCUGAAGCAAGAGAAACGGGUCUUGGACCAGGAGGUUCCUAAGGACUCUCCCAUAACAUUUCAUUUCCUGGCUAAAUUCUUCCCAGAAAAAGUAGAAGAAGAGCUGGUCCAAGAGAUAACUCAGCACCUCUUCUUCUUACAGGUGAAAAAACAGAUAUUGGAUGAGGAGAUAUUCUGUUCCCCUGAAGCAUCUGUUCUGUUGGCGUCAUAUGCUGUCCAGGCCAAGUAUGGAGACUAUGACCCAAACUUUCACAAGCCGGGCUUCCUUGCACAAGAUGAGCUUUUGCCAAAAAGAGUUUUGAUGCAAUACCAGAUGACUGCUGACAUGUGGGAAGAGAAGAUCACAGCUUGGUAUGCAGAGCACAGAGGCAUCGCCAGAGAUGAGGCUGAGAUGGAAUACCUCAAAAUUGCUCAAGACCUUGAGAUGUACGGUGUCAGCUACUUUGCAAUUACACAAAAUAAGAGGGACACAGACCUGUUACUUGGAGUGGAUGCUCAAGGACUUCACAUCUACAACCCCAACAGCAAACUCAACCCCAACAAAUCCUUUCCGUGGAGCGGCAUUCGCAACAUCUCUUACAGCGAAAAGGAGUUCACUAUCAAACCCCUGGACAAGAAGAAAGAUGUUUUCAAGUUCUACUCCUCUCAACUGCGUGUCAACAAGCUGAUCCUGCAGUUGUGCAUCGGUAACCACGAUCUAUUCAUGAGGAGGAGGAAGGUGGACUCCAUCGAAGUGCAACAGAUGAAGGCUCAAGCCAAAGAGGAGAAGGCCCGCAAGAAGAUGGAGCGUCAAAUCCUGGCCAGAGAAAAACAGAUGAGAGAGGAAGCAGAACGGGCAAAAGAGGAGAUGGAACGAAGACUCUUCCAGCUGCAGGACGAGGCCCGGCUGGCCAACGAGGCUCUGUUGCGAUCUGAGGAGACAGCAGACCUGCUGGCAGAGAAGGCUCAGAUUGCUGAAGAAGAGGCUAAGCUGUUGGCCCACAAGGCUGCAGAUGCUGAGCAGGACAGGCAGAGGUUAGAGGUCACCGCCAUGAAGACCAAGGAGGAGAAAAGGCAGAUGGAGCAGAAGAUGAGGGAGGCGGAGCAGCUGGCUGUGAAACUGGUGGAGCAGUCUGAGAGAAGGUUGAAGGAGGCCGAUCACCUGAAACAGGACCUGACCGAAGCCAAGGACGCCGAGCGGAGAGCCAAACAGAAGCUGCUGGAGAUCACAAAAACAACAUACCCUCUCAUAGCAGCCUACUCUGCUCCCCCUGCACCUCCUGCACCUCCUGAAGCACCCGACUUUGCAUAUGAAUCAACAUCUUCGCGCCUCGACUUCAAGGACUCCGACAUGAAAAGGCUGUCUAUGGAGAUCGAGAGAGAGAGGCUGGAGUACAUGGAGAAGAGCAAGCACCUGCAGGACCAGCUGAAGGAGCUGAAGACGGAGAUCGAGUCUCUGAAGCUGGAGGAGCAGCAGCAACAGGCGGGCGUCUACAGCCUCCGCAAUGAGGCGAGGGGAUACGUCCCGGAGCCGGUCUACCUACCUCACAGCAACCGUAACUCUGCGUACAUGUCUCAGAUGGCCUUCUUUGAAGAAGUGUGAUCCUGGUCCUGCAAUAUGAGGAAAUACUGCUGCUGUGGCUCAGUGCUUCCUUAACAUGUUUGAUUAUUGUUUUUACUUGGCUGAAACUAACAGACACAUACACCACGACUGUGUGCUACGGAAAGACUUUAAACGUAUCUUAAUAACAAACGGCCACUUGUUCCGCUGCCUGCACAGGUUGCCUUGCUAGGUUGUACCACCUGCUCACUGCAGCACCUUCCACAUUUAUUUUUAUAUAUUCAAUGAACACACUAAUGUGUGUAUCCAACACUGAUUCAGGACAUGGUGCUGAAGAUGGAUUUAUUACUGAGUUGCUGAUGUUUUCUUGUGGUUUUAAGGGAUACUUAGCUGUAAUAUGUCAUAUGACAAGUUAGACGUCGAUACCUGAACAACUUUUUGGGACAGGGAUUGAGGUUCAUGUUGGAGGCAAAGUUCCUAUAUUGAAUGUCAUUUGGUAAAUUACUUUUUCAGGCUUGAGGAUAUUCUGAAAAGUUCUAAAUAUCCAUAUGAUUUUGUAAAUAUGGUUAUCCUCUUUCAAACCAGCAAGUGUUUCUCCAACUUGACUUUUAAAAAUAGUAAAUAAUGUUUUUUUUAAAAGCCCAAAUUUCUGAUUAUACAUGUACCAAGCUAUUGUUGAAUGUAGCUUUGAACACUAAAUACACUUAAAACAACUCUUGAUCAUUAAUAUUUAAUGUGAAAAAAUUAACAUUGUAAUCUUGCGGAUUAGAUUAUUUCAUAAAAGUAGUGAUUGCGACAGAAAAGUCAAAAUCUGCCGAGUGGCCGUGUGCCGGGACCAUGUCUAGAUGUGACGCUCCAUGGAAAGGUCACGCGCUGUGUGUGUGGUCUCUGCUUCGGUGUUUCACUUGUGUUGGUUCACAUACUUCCUCUUCUGUGAACACAGGUGCCUCAUCGUGGAGGUUCAUCGACGUAUACAUUUACAAGCUUGAGCUCUGCCAUUUCAAGUUUUUAUAUUUUGUACUGUAGACUGUUGAUGUGCCUUGAACUUUAUUUUGUACUAUUAAGAUUUGAGUUGUACGGUUUUAUUUGUGCUCAUGUGUCAUUAGGUGGCAUUAGGUGUCCUUCGCGUUUUGGGGGUCGAUGCCGCACCCUGACUGAUUUACUGAUUCAUGGCUUCCCUGUUCUCUUCUCUUCCUCCGCUCGUGUACUUCUCAGGGUCGGUGUUGGAGACAAACACUGCAAGUAGAAUCUAAUCGUUUCUCCCUGAGAUAAACACCAUUAACGUUCACCUUGUUGAACUUGGUUAAGUCCAACAGUAAUUCAAAUGGUAAAGGUUAUUGACAGCGGUGUGUGUGCACUGUAUUUGACAAAUAUAGACCUGCAUGGACUAAGUGAACAUUUAUUCGACUACACUCCUCAUUGCAUCCUCAAAAGGGAGCGGCGGGAUGCCAAAUGCACAGCCAGAGAUGCUGCGUGUUGAUUACUUGGACCAGCCUGUUGGACUUCUUUAUGGACUGAACAGUGAAAUAUUGUGUAAUUGGUAUUGUGUUGGAUGUCCAAGUGAAAGUGCCCUUUUUCUUUCAACCCAUUGCAUAAGUGCUUCAAUUUGUAUUUUUGACCUUUUAUUUAUUUGUCCUAUAAAUCCUUAAAUAACAUCAC